AUGUUCAUCACUCGCGGAAUCCCCCUUGUCAACUUCGCAGUGGCCUCCUCGGCGCUCGCGUUCCAGGUCUUCGUUCUCUACCCAUGGCAUAAUCAAUUAGAUGCCGAGUUCAAGUCGCUGAAAGAGGAACAUAUUCGAGUGCUGAACCGCAUGAGUCAGAGGACGAUUUCUCAGUGA